AUGACUCUGACUCUUAGUAGUGCCUUAGCGCAGCUUGUCCAGGCUUCAAGAGAUGUUGAACGUCGGAACGACGUGAAAAAAACAGAAAGGAAAAAAAUCAAGGCAGCCGCCACAUUACUGAGGAAUGGGUACCCACCCCAAGACGCCGUCGGAGCCGGUCGACAGUCAACCUAUCUCACCUUCCUACGCAAAGUUCUACAGCUGAAUGGCCCGUCGAUGGUCGUUCUUUGUGCUAUUGGCUUGGGACUGUCGGCAAUUGCUAUUGCAAAGGAAAGUAUACAAAUUAAUCUUCCAUAUGAGAUCCAAAAUCACUCUGGCCUUGACAACACUGUACUCCGACGGCUCGCACGCCAGUAUUUCAAUUUUGUCCUCUACCCAGAAGCUCCACAGGCUCCCCAGGCUCCCUUGCAAGCCGAUGAUGGAACAGUGAGCCAAGUCUCCGAGACUGAAGACGCUCUCGAGCCUCAGGAGCGGGGGCAGGGAAGCUACCAAACCCUUCAACCGAUAUUCAGGCCACCUGCAGUGGUCAUGUCGCCGGAUUUGUCGACAUUUCAGCCCGGGAAGCAGCAAGACAUAGACCCUUUGACCGGAGAUGUCUACGAGCUCAACGUGCAAGACAUUCGAGAUAUCAUACAAUCGGGUCAGAUAUCAGGCCCGGUAUGGCUCACAGACACGUAUGGAGUGAACACGACAUCUUUUGUUACAAUUCCAGUCAGUAACGAGCUGACGGAUCAAUUAAUCUUACACCGUCCAUUGGCAGCAUGGAACCAACCGCCAAACUAA